UCCACACUAUACGUAGAUCCUCUGCUCUUGCGACUUCAUUCGCUACAGCGCAACGCAUCACAUCGUCAGUCACUCACAAUAGUCUAUACUCAGCUAGCUUGCGGUGGGAUGCUUCUACUCCAAAUGCGUUUAUAGCACCAGAAUCACCUUCAAAAGGCUAUCGUCAUUGCUUCCCAAACAGCAUGCGGCAGCCUAUUCUCAUUCCUGUAGAUAAUCAAGACCUGCAUGCCAUAUGCACCAGAGAGGAGUCAUAUGGCAAUCGCGUCUUCUUUUUGUUUCGGUCUGUUUCGAGGUUCGCGAUAAUAAUCUCAAGGCCAGCGUGGCCUUCGGCGUAGAGAAAGGUGAAUCUAGGGGAAGCUUAGCGUGGCUUGGCGGGGAUUAUUUCCCACAUCGACACGUUGCGAGAGCUCAGCGCCGACCCCCUCUUAACCCCAUCGCCAUCUGGUCCUCACCACUCAAUCAUUCUCCUCCUUUGUUUCUUCCAUCUUUCUCUCUGGGACCCGAUCCACCGCAAUCAUGAGUGGCCUACGGUUCCUCGAUCUCGUUAAGCCCUUCGUUCCUCUUGUGCCUGAAAUUCAGCUGCCCGAGAGCAAGGUGCCUUUCAACAACAGACUAGUAUGGACCGGUCUCACCCUCCUCGUUUUCCUGGUCAUGAGCCAGAUGCCGCUGUACGGAAUCGUCUCUUCCGACACAUCGGAUCCGCUAUACUGGCUUCGUAUGAUGAUGGCGAGUAAUCGGGGAACACUGAUGGAACUGGGUAUUACACCGAUCAUUUCAUCUGGCAUGGUCUUCCAACUUCUUGCUGGUACCCAUCUCAUUGAUGUCAACCUCGACCUCAAGUCGGAUCGCGAGCUCUACCAGACCGCCCAGAAGCUUCUUGCUAUCUUGCUCUCUUUCGGUCAAGCUGUCGUCUAUGUUAUUUCCGGUCUUUAUGGACAGCCAUCUGACCUGGGAGCCGGUAUCUGUGUUCUUCUCGUUAUGCAGCUCAUGAUUGCCGGUCUGAUUGUCAUUCUCUUGGAUGAACUUCUCCAGAAGGGCUACGGUCUCGGUAGCGGUAUCUCGCUUUUCAUCGCUACCAACAUUUGCGAGUCCAUCAUGUGGAAGGCCUUCUCCCCAACCACCAUCAACACCGGUCGUGGUCCCGAGUUCGAGGGUGCCAUCAUUGCUCUCGUCCACUUGCUCUUCACUUGGCCCGACAAGACUGUUGCGCUCAAGGAGGCUUUCUACCGCCAGAACUUGCCCAACGUUAUGAACUUGAUCUCCACUGUCAUCGUUUUCGGCGCCGUCAUCUAUCUCCAAGGCUUCCGUGUCGAGAUCCCCGUCAAGUCUGCCCGCCAGCGCGGUGUCCGCGGUUCAUACCCCGUUCGCCUCUUUUACACCUCCAACAUGCCUAUCAUGCUGCAAUCCGCUCUCUCAUCCAACGUCUUCCUCAUCAGUCAGAUGCUUUACUCUCGAUUUUCUGACAACCUCCUUGUCCGUCUUCUCGGCGUGUGGGAACCCAAGGAGGGCUCUGCCCAGCUCUUCGCUACCUCUGGUGUUGCUUACUACAUGUCUCCUCCCCUCAGCAUCACCGAGGCUCUCUCGGACCCCUUGAAGACCGCCGUCUUCAUCGUUUACAUGCUCGUCGCCUGCGCCGUGUUCUCCAAGACUUGGAUCGAAGUCUCCGGCUCCUCCCCCCGUGACGUUGCCAAGCAGCUCAAGGAACAGGGUCUUGUUAUGGCUGGUCACCGCGAGGAGUCGAUGUACAAGGAGCUCAAGCGCGUCAUUCCCACGGCUGCCGCUUUUGGUGGUGCUUGCAUUGGUGCUCUUUCCGUUGGUAGCGAUCUCCUCGGCGCCUUGGGUAGCGGAACCGGUAUUCUAUUGGCUGUCACUAUCAUCUAUGGAUACUUUGAAAUCGCCGCCAAGGAGGGCGACAUGGCAGGUCUUAAGGGCAUGGUCAUGGGAUAA